AUGACUAAAAUUACAAUAAUAACGCAGAAUUUCUCAUCACCCGAUGAUUUUAAUGAUACACCAUUGAUGCUUUUACCACAAACACCACUUCCACCACCAUUAGCAUCAGAUAAAGAUCAUGAUGGUUUUACUCAAUUAUUAUUACAUGAUCGACAUCGACAACGACAAACAUAUGUUCAAAGUUAUACAGCAUUUGAGACAUUAAAAAAACGACAAGAUUUUGUUUUACGUCAAGAAAGUCUUCGUUCAUUACAAACAUUCAUAGACCGUAUGGCAACAAAACAAGAUCAAUCUAUUGAUCAAUCAUUUCAUUCUUAUAGACAAUGUUUUGGGAAAUUUAUUAAUAUUAAAUCAACACAUAAACAUCUUCAUGAACAAGAUAAACGACCAAGAACAGCUGGUCCAUCUUAUGAACAAUUUCCUAGUCGUCAACUUUUACAUGUACCAGCAACACCACUUGAUCCUCCACUAUUUACACCAUUUCAUCGUUAUCAAAAAAGUCAUCGUCCAUCAUCAUCAACAAAAUAUCGAAUGAAUAUAAAUACGUAUCGUGGCGGAAAAUCACGUCAAGAUAAUUCAUUUCGAUCGGCAAGUUUUAUAAGUCAUAGUCAACCAUUUGUUUCUUUUACCGAAGAUUAUUUUCACAAACAUAACGAAAGACCAUCAAGUAAAUCUCAAACAAUAAGAUCGAAUUAUAAUGAAAGAUCAUUAACUAAAUUUUCAAUACCAUCAAAUAUUGAUACUAAUCGACCAUCAAGUCAAUCUCAAAGAUUAAGAUAUAAUCGUGAUGAGCGAUCGGCAAAUAAAUUUCAUACACCAGCAGAUAAUCAUGAUGAUCAAGUAAUCAGUAAACCUCAAAUAAUAACAACUAAUAAUAAUCGUGAUGAACGAUCAUCAAAUAAAUUUCAUACACCAGCAGCAGAUAAUAAUGAUAAUGAUCAAUUAAUAAGUAUACCUCAAAUGAUAACAACUAAUAAUAAUAGUGAUGAUGAAUUAGUAAGUAAACCUGAAAUAACAACAAACAACAAUGAUGAUCAAUUAAUAAGUAAACCGCAAAUACCAACAAUUAAUAAUUAUAAUGACGAAUCAGCAAAUAAAGUUCAAAUAACAACACAUAUUAAUAACAAUCCACCAGUCAAUCAAUCGCCGGUAAUAAAAACUAAUGAUGAUGUUGGAUUAUUAAAUGAAGUUGUAAUGGUAACAAAUAAUAAUAAUGAGCAAUCUUUAAAUAAACCUGUAGCGGUAAAAAUUGAUGAUAAUGUGAAAAUAGAUGAAAUUCGAAAAGAAGUAAAAGAAGUAAAAGAAGAAAAGGAACAACAACAGACACGACCUGUAUUAGAUGAACUAAAAUCUUCAGUAAGUCAAGAUAUAAAAGAAGAAGAUGAUUUAAUGCCAAUUAAUCCACAACCUAUUCGAGUAAGCAUAACAUCACGUAUUAUAAAUACACCUACAACAACUCCACAAAUGGGCUACAAUGAUGCAGUACGAGAUGGUUUAUUAAACGAUUUCAGUACACAACAACCAAGACAAGUACAAGAUUAUACAAAUAAAACACCAAUAAUUAAUGUAGAACGUCGUUUAUCUCAACAAACAAAUAAUAGUAAUAGUAAAAUAAGUACGAAACGACCAAAAACAGCAAAGAAAAAACAUACGAUUGUUGUUGCUUUACCAAUGGAAACGAAAGCAGAAGCACCAACUGAAGAAUUUAAUGAUAAUGACUCACUUACAACAGCGAUUACUGUACAAAAUUAUGCUAAUAAUACACCUGAACAACCGUUACCAACAAAAACUAAACGUCGUAAACCAUCAGCAACACCAACUACAACAACUACUACUGCGCCUACUAAUUUACAAAUAAAGAAAACUCCUCCAGUAGUUUCUCGUCCAUCAGUUAAAUUUAAAGAUGAUACUAAAGAAAAUAAAGAUACUGUUAAAACACAAAUGAUAACAACUGUAGCAAAUGAACAAAAAGAACCAAUAGUAGAGAAAAAGAAAGAUGAAACUGCUGCUCCUGUUCCUGUUCCUCCUAUUCCAACUAUUAUACCAGAAAAUCAAGUACAAGUCGAAUUAAUUGAAGAUGUUCCUAAACGUAUACGAAAAGGCGCAUUUGAUUCACCGGAAUUUUCAUAUACUCCAAUUCAUGUUGAAUUAAAACCACUAGGUAGUCAUCGUAAUUACUCACGAAAACCAAGAUCACAUUUAGAUAAAACUAGAAAUCAAAGUGAAAAAGUAAUCGAACCUAAUCCUGAAACUGUUGAACUAUUAGAAAAAAUAAAACGUAGUGAAAUAGGAUCAUCCAUCGGUACAAUGUCAGUAUCAAAACAAGGUUGUCGUUUUGAAUUACCAUCUGAUUUAAAAAAACUUGAAAAUCUAAAUCCAAUCGAAUAUAUUAGUAAAUAUUGUCGUUUAUCAUUACGUCGAAAUUAUCAAUUUAAACGUAUAUUUGAUAAAUAUCGUAAUAAUAAAUAUUGUUUGGAUAUAACUAAUUUACAUUCCGCAAUUACCGAUAUACAUACAGAAAAUUUUACACGCGCACAAUAUGAUUAUUUACUUCAAUUACUUGAUAUUGAAAAUCAACAACACCAAUUUUCAUUUGAAACAUUCGGUGGAAUAUUAGCUGUAUGUGAACGUAUUGUAUAUGAUUCAUUGAAUCCUUCUAGUGAUGUUGAAGAUUACGAAUUAGGAAAAGAUCCAUUAGAAAAAUGUGAUUUUGAUUCUUUACUGCGAAAACUUGAUGGAUUUGCUAUAAGUGAAACAAUGAAAAAAUUAUUAAAAACUCUUUAA